AGCUAUUGAUGUAGAAUAGAGCUUAUAUAAUGCGAUGUCUUGCAAAACAACUUUAGUCUCUAUUGAAAUACUGAACCAUUCGAUUUUGUGACGUUCCUCACUCAUCAAGAUGACAUCAAACAAUACUUUUGAUUCAAAUUGUAUGACUCUUACGAGAUUUGUUCUUGACGAACAGCGUAAAUUUCCUACGGCAACUGGUGAUCUUAGCCAAUUGUUAAAUAGCAUACAAACCGCCGUAAAAGCUGUUAGUUCAGCUGUGAGAAAAGCCGGUAUUGCAAAUAUGUAUGGCAUAGCUGGUAAUAUAAAUAUUCAAGGCGAAGAGGUAAAAAAAUUAGACAUUUUAAGUAACGAACUCUUUAUUAACAUGUUAACGUCUUCGUUCACAACCUGCAUUCUCGUCAGUGAAGAAAAUAAAAAUAUGAUUGAGGUUGAAACGGAAAAACAGGGUAAAUACAUCGUGUGCUUCGAUCCUUUGGAUGGCUCCUCAAAUAUCGAUUGUUUGGUGUCAGUCGGAUCGAUAUUCGGAAUUUAUAAAAAAUUAGAUAACACCAAUAGUUCCAGUGUUUCUAACGCUCUUCAGCCAGGCCAAAAUAUAGUUGCUGCUGGUUACGCGCUUUAUGGUUCGGCCACUAUGAUUGUUCUUUCCAUCGGACAUGGAGUUAACGGAUUUAUGUACGAUCCAGCGAUCGGAGAAUUCAUUUUAACUGAAAAAAAUAUGCGUAUACCAGAGAAAGGAAAUAUUUACAGUAUUAACGAAGGAAAUGAGAGUACGUGGGAUUCAACUAUAAAAGAUUAUAUUCAUUCCAAAAAAUACCCGAGUAACGGUAAACCAUAUAAUUCUCGAUACGUUGGUUCAAUGGUUGCUGAUGUACAUAGGACUAUUAAAUAUGGAGGAAUUUUCUUGUAUCCUUCAACGAAAAACAAUCCCAAUGGCAAGCUACGUCUUUUAUAUGAGAGCAUACCAAUGGCUUAUAUAAUAAAAGAAGCAGGAGGUCUCGCAUCAAAUGGAAAAAUCGAUAUUUUAGAUAUAAUUCCGGAAAAUAUUCAUCAAAGAUCACCAGUUUUCUUAGGAUCCAAAGAUGAUGUUCAAGAUGUGUUAGAGUUUCUAAAGAAAGCCAAAUCAUAAAACUUAAAUUAAGUUUAUAUAUCGUAAUUUGAAAUAUUUUCAAAAUUAAAUCUUGAAUCAAAAUCAUUGAAUUCAAGAAUUUUCAUUUGUAUCAAUAAACGCAAUAUAAAAUUUGGAAUUAUUUAUUGAAUAACACAAAGAAAACAUGAAAAUUAUUGUAUUGGGAGUAGGUUUCCAAAUAAAAAAUUUGUGAAAUAGAUCAUAUUAUGUAUACGAUAUUAGUACGUUAUAGCACAUAAUACAUUUUAUAUAUAAUUAA